GAACGUAUAAGAUAAGGAUGUAGGAAGGUAACAAGGUGAAGAAUAACCGCGUGAAGGACACUUCCCUCCUUUUCGCCGCCCCUCUGCAACUCGCAAGCCAUGUGCUCCCAGCCCAUCGCUGCAAUGACACGGGCAGUGGCCACCAGGCGCGCCUACCCCGGAUAUAAGCCCUCAAGGAAUUCAAUUAUGCGGACCCCCUGCCCCCCAAAACGCCUUUUUUAAUUUUUCACAUUUUUCACAUUUUUCGCAUUUUUCAGAUACACUUAGCCAUUCUCGAGCCGCACACGCUUGUUUGAUUAAGCCUCUCCUGUGCCGAUUCGCUUGGGCACAGAUCACCCUGUUCGCGGCCGAACCAACGCGACACCUCCCCCCAAAUGAUUGCUGAACCUGGCCAGGAAAAAAAAAAAACAAUGAAGUCCCCCCAGUCAACACACACGCGUCAAUUACACCAGAUAAAGAAAUGGGAAUACAGUUGCUCACCUGCAUUCUAGCAUGUGUCAUUUUAACCCCCAAUGUGCUAGCCUUUCGUAACGGGAGGGCUAUCAAAAGUUACAAUUUUACGAACGUUAAUGUGAAGCAUGGGGUACGCGUAGGAGAUGCCAAACGCAGAAGGGACCCUGUCGCAUCGGGGGGAAAGUUAUUUUAUUCGUUGAACAAAACCCCAAGGACAAACGUCAAAAUUAGGCACAGCCACGUCCACCUGUCUUUAAAGGAAAAAAUGAAUUUCAUUUUUCACGGCGAAAGUGACGUCACGCUGCUGGACAAGCUGAUAGCCUCCACCAGUUACAUUCUCCCCUUCAUGGAUGCCAUUCAGGCUUUCGUCAUGCCACUCGUAAAUAUGCUCCCGACGUCGCUACACAAGUACCUCUUCCAAGUUGAAAAGCUAAACCAGAUUUACUCGUCCAUCCCAUUUCUAUCCUUUGGCACCUUCAUGGGUCUCUACUUCCUCUUCGUCAAAGAGAACCGCUUCAAGUUUCACUACUUUAUUAGGUACCACCAUAUGCAGAGCCUGAUACUGUCCAUGUUCGGCUACGCACUGGCUCUGUUUUACUUCCGAGUGUUUCCCUACUCCUACAACGACACGGAUAUCUUCAAUUUGACCGUUUUGUACUCCACCAUGGCCAUCUACUUCGGCUCUCUGAUCGUUCCCUUCCUCUCCUCUUUGCUUGGAUAG